AUGGCCAUGGGUCGAACCAGUGCCCCGGAUUGUCUCUCCAUCUUCUCCAUCCUUGCUUCCCGAAGAUAUGAAUCUCGAUCAGCCUCCGGUUGUCGGGGCCAGCGCGUGGUCAGAGAUGGCCCUGUUAUCACAGCCGUUUCCACAGACGAACAAUCCCGUGAUGAUGGGCAGGAAUCUAGCGCUUAG